GGCCCCAGGCGGAAAGGAUGUUUGCUUUUGUUGAACUUCGUCUUCCUAAACAACUGCUUGAAAUUAUUGGAAGUGAAGGAGGGCGCAAUGUGCUGUGUACUCUGAUGGAGGUGGAUACUGUACGACGAGUUGAACUACUCAGGCAUAUCAAGAAUCAGCUCAGAGUUCUGAUUGACAAUCCUAAGUUCCGUAGUUUUCUUAGUAACUUUAUCACCAACUUCAAGCCAGCACAGAAACAGGACCGUCACCUGUCUGUAUUGAAAGUUGUGAACACUGAAGGUCGGGUUCUAGACACAGAUAUUCAGAUUGUUGACAGGUUUCUCGAGGAAUUGAUUUCCAGGGAGAAAAACUAAUUCCUAGAGCUCCAGGACUCAUUCUCCGGAGAGAAGGAGAAAUUCAACCCGAAUUCAGUCAUCCUUUUCCGAAGGAGUAAUCCAACCCAGACUUAUUCAUCCUUCUCCGGAUAGAAGUAGUAAUCCAACCUGGACUAAGUCAUUCUUCUCCGGAGAGAAGGAGUAAUCCAACCUGGACUAAUUCAUUCUUCUCCGGAGAGAAGGAGUAAUCCAACCUGGACUAAUUCAUCCUUCUCCGGAGAGUACGAGUAAUCCAACCUGGACUCAUUCAUUCUUCUCCGGAGAGAAGGAGUAAUCCAACCUGGACUAAUUUAUUCUUCUCCGAAGGGAAGAAGUAUUCCAACCUGGAUUCAUUCUUACUUUACCGGAGAAAAGUAAUAAUCUAACUUGAAGAUUAUAAUUGCGAAAAUACUGCCCAGUGAAAACUAUUUUUUUAAUCCUAUGGCCCUCAAUGUUCGUUUGAUUUUUUGUAAUAUGUUAUGUUCAUGUUUAGAAAAUUUAUUAUGUUGACUUAAAGCAUGUUACAAAUAUUUGCCUGCAUGCCAUUUUUGGUUCGAUUCUGGAAAAAAUUACCAAAUAAAAAAGCCAAAAAGCUAAAAAAAAUCAUUGUAUAGAACAGUAAAUAUUU